AUGUCUUUCUUUUUUAAAAAUAUAAAAGCUGAUGCUAAUUCAGAGGAUGAUGAUAAUUUGAACGUCCAAGAAGAUGAAUUAGAACAAAUAUUGAGGAACAAAAAAAAAUUCCAACAUGCAGAAGAAGAUAAUGAUAGCAGUGAUGAUAGUGAUGAUGGCCUGAAAAGUAUAUCAUUUGGGUCAAUUAAGAGUGCAUCUGAGAAAUUGGAUAAGGAAGAAAGAAAAGAAAGAAAAAACAAGAAAAUCAAAAAGAGAAAAAGAAAGGUUGAAAGCGAUCAUGAAGAAGACCUUGUUGAUUUUGCUGAAGAAGAAGCCAAAAAGAAUAAGUUCAAAGAGGGCAGAUUUAAUGAGGAAGAGAGUAGUAGUGAUGAUGACGGUACAUUUUUUGAAGAAGAUGAUGAGGAGGAAGAAAAUAAACGGAAGAAAAAGAGAAAGGCACAUAAACAUGCACCAAAAGAAGAAUCAUUCAAGAAGAAGGUCCAUAGAAUACGAGAUAUCCCUGGAUUACCAAGUAUAUAUCAAACUCCCAAAAGAGUUGAGGAUAUUCGGUUUGAUAAAAGUAUCGGUAAGAGUGAACAUGAUAUGGAUAUAAUCCGUAGACGUUAUAAAUUCCUUGAUGAAUAUAGAGAAAAGGAACUACAUGAUAUGGAAGCUAUAUUAAAUGAUCAAAAGUUAGUAAAUAAGAUGGAUUCUGAAGAAGUACGUAGAAUUGAAGAUACUAUGCGUAGUAUGUCUUCCAGAUUAGAGAGUGUUAAAAAUCGGGAUCUUGAAAGAAAGAUCAUUAAAGAUUAUGAGAACGAACAUUUUAACAAUAAAAACUCUAAAAAUAAAUUUUAUUUAAAGAAAACUGAAAAGAGAAAGAUUAUUAACAAAUGGAAAUUUGAUAAUAUGAAAGCUAAUCAAAGAGAAAAGGUCAUGGAACGUAAACGUAAAAAGCAAUUGGGUAAAGAAUAUAAGCAAUUUGCCUUCCAUAGAGAUUAG